AUAGUUGGAAGGAGAGAACCUACUUUUGUAUGUCUACUAGAUUCUUUGAAGGAGAUCGAUUAAUCACUUUUAAACAACAGUUGAUAAUUUAUACCAAUAUUAAAUGGUUAUAUUAAAAAAAAUCUCUUUCCAAAUUAUAUAUAAAUAUCAACAUAUAAUCAAUUCUUCAAAAAAAAUCAACAUAUAAUCAAGAAAAGUAUUGCCACAUUCUAUUAUAGAGUAAUUCACAAAUAAAUACUUUUCUAUAGUCGAGAUUGAGCCAAUACAAACCAAAUGGCUUUUCAUCACAUCCAAUAUUAUUUCAUUGUUCUCUUAAUGGCCACAUUUCUUACAACUCAUUCCAAUGCAGAACUAACACCUGAUUUUUACAACGAUGUUUGCCCUCAAGCAUUGUCUAUCAUUAACACAAUUGUUCGACAAAAACUUGAUUUUAAACCACGUAUGGGAGCACAUUUACUAAGGUUGCAUUUCCAUGACUGUUUUGUCAAUGGGUGUGAUGGAUCAGUUCUGCUGGAUGACACUCCUAACUUCAUAGGUGAAAAGACUGCCAAAGGAAAUAUUGAUUCACUUAAAGGCUUUAUGCUUGUUGAUAUAAUUAAAGCAGAACUUGACAAAGCUUGCAAAGGCCCUGUGGUAUCAUGUGCAGAUAUCUUAGCAGUAAUUGCUCGUGAUUCUGUGUCCAUUUUAGGAGGUCCAAGCUAUUGGUACCAAGUGCUACUAGGAAGAAGAGAUGCAAGAAAUGCUUCAAUGAAAGAUGCAGAAUCAUAUCUUCCUUCACAACUUUUCAAUCUUUCACAACUUGUUUCUAACUUUGAGUCUCAAGGCCUAAACCUUAAAGAUCUUGUAGCACUUUCUGGUGCUCACACAAUUGGAAUGGCUAAGUGUUCUACCUUUAGGGAAAGGAUUUACAAUGACACCAAUAUAGACCCUGACUUUGCAACAUGCUUACAAGAUAAUUGUCCUUUACAUGGUGGUGAUGACAAUUUUGAAGCAUUGGAUUUUCUCACUCCUCAAGUAUUUGAUAAUUCUUACUACAAAAAUUUGGUUAGUAAAAUAGGUCUCUUCCAUUCUGAUCAAGAACUCUUUAAGGGAGAUGGAAGUGAAAGUGAUAUGUUGGUGGAACUUUAUAGUAGAGACUCAGAUGCUUUUGCAAGAGAUUUUAAAGCUUCCAUGAUUAAGAUGGGUAAUAUAAAGCCUCUUACUGGAAACUUUGGAGAGAUUAGAACCUAUUGUGGAAAAGUUAACUAAUUUAUGCAUGGUUUGAAGUGAGUGAAUAAGGUUUAUGUAUUGAUGAUGAUUUUUCUUGGUUCAAACUUGUUGUAUUUAUUUGUGGUUAAACAAUUUCUUGCUCUAUUAGGGGUUGGUUUUGAUUUACUUAUUUGAGUUUAUCUACGGACACAAGUACUAAUGAGACUGUAUUGAGAGCUUAUGAAAAUAAUUUAUGAUAUAUUUGUUUUAGCUUAUUUUUACAAGCUUUCUAA